GCGAGCCUCGCCCGCCAGUGCUGGGGACGCCUCUGCCUCCGCGCCUGGAGUUGCCGGCCGGCCGAGCCCAGCGCCGGGUGUGCAGCGGGGACCCCGGGCCGGGUGCAGCCGAGACAGCGCCGGGUGUGCAGCGGGGACCCCGGGCCGGGUGCAGCCGAGACAGCGCCGGGUGUGCAGCGGGGACCCCGGGCCGGGUGCAGCCGAGACAGCGCCGGGUGUGCAGCGGGGACCCCGGGCCGGGUGCAGCGCGGACACCGCGGGGCCUGAGAACCGGGUGGGCGCGCGACGCCGACGGGACGCGGAGGAUGCGCGCCGCGGGUCUGGCGCUGCGCUGCGCCCUCGCCCUGCUCCUGGCCGCCGCCGGGGCUGCAGCAGAGGACGCGUGCGACAGGAAUGAGUUCCAGUGCAGGGUCGGGAAAUGCAUCGCCAGCAAGUGGGUCUGUGACGGCAGCCCGGAAUGCCCGGACGGCUCUGAUGAGGCAUCUGAGACGUGCAUGUCUGUCACCUGUCAACCCAAGGAGUUCAGCUGUGGGGGCCGCGUCAGCCGCUGCAUUCCUAACUCCUGGCGUUGUGACGGACAGCCAGACUGUGAGAACGGCUCGGAUGAACAAGGCUGUGCCCCCAAGACGUGCUCCCAGGACGAGUUCCGCUGCCAGGAUGGCAGGUGCAUCUCCCAGAAGUUCGUGUGUGACCAGGACCGGGAUUGCCUGGAUGGCUCCGACGAGGCCCACUGCCUGGCCACCACUUGCGGCCCCGCCCACUUCCGCUGCAACUCCUCCACCUGUAUCCCCAGCCUGUGGGCCUGCGACGAGGAUCCCGACUGCGAGGAUGGCUCCGAUGAGUGGCCGCAGAACUGCGGGGGCCGGGACACCGCCGCCACCUCCAUUAGCGGCCCCUGCUCCUCCCUGGAGUUCCACUGUCGUAGCAGCGGCGAAUGCAUUCACCGCAGCUGGGUCUGUGACGGCACCGCCGACUGCAAGGACAAGUCAGACGAGGAACACUGCGUGGUGGCCACCUGCCGGCCUGAUGAGUUCCAGUGUUUGGAUGGCACCUGCAUCCACGGGAACCGCCAGUGUGACCGUGAAUAUGACUGCAAGGACAUGAGUGACGAGCUGGGCUGCAUCAAUGUGACGCAGUGUGAUGGGCCCAACAAGUUCAAGUGUCACAGUGGCGAAUGUGUCACCUUGGACAAGGUGUGCGACUCCGCCCGGGACUGUCGGGACUGGUCUGAUGAGCCCAUCAAGGAGUGCAACACCAACGAGUGCUUGGACAACAAUGGUGGCUGUUCCCACGUCUGCAAGGACCUCAAGAUUGGCUACGAGUGCUUGUGCCCCGCUGGCUUCCGGCUGGUGGACCAGCACCGAUGUGAAGACAUUGACGAGUGUCAGGAGCCGGACACCUGCAGCCAGCUCUGUGUGAACCUCGAAGGCAGCUACAAGUGCGAGUGCCGGGCCGGCUUCCGCAUGGACCCCCACACCAGGGUCUGCAAGGCUGUGGGCCCCAUAGCCUAUCUGCUCUUCACUAACCGCCAUGAGGUACGGAAGAUGACCCUGGACCGCAGUGAGUACACCAGCCUGAUCCCCAACCUGAAGAACGUUGUGGCCCUGGACACCGAGGUGGCCACCAAUAGAAUCUACUGGUCCGACCUGUCCCACAAAAAGAUCUAUAGCACCCUGAUGGACCAAGCGCCUAGCUUGUCCUAUGACACCAUCAUCAGUGGGGACCUGCAGGCCCCGGACGGGCUGGCCGUCGACUGGAUCCACGGCAACAUCUACUGGACAGAUUCGGUUCCAGGCAGCGUGUCUGUGGCUGACACCAAGGGUGUAAGGAGGAGGACACUGUUCCAAGAGAAAGGGUCCAGACCCAGAGCCAUUGUGGUGGACCCUGUGCAUGGCUUCAUGUACUGGACAGAUUGGGGGACACCUGCCAAGAUCAAGAAAGGGGGCCUGAACGGUGUCGACAUCUACUCGCUGGUGACUGAGGACAUCCAGUGGCCAAAUGGCAUCACACUAGAUAUUCCCAGUGGCCGCCUCUACUGGGUUGAUUCCAAACUCCACUCUAUCUCCAGCAUUGAUGUCAAUGGGGGCAACCGGAAGACCAUUUUGGAGGAUGAGAAGCAGCUGGCCCACCCCUUCUCAUUGGCCAUCUAUGAGGACAGAGUGUUCUGGACGGACGUCAUAAAUGAAGCCAUUUUCAGUGCCAACCGCCUCACAGGCUCAGAUGUUAAUUUGGUGGCUGAAAACCUCUUGUCCCCAGAGGACAUUGUUCUAUUCCACAACAUCACACAGCCUAGAGGGGUGAACUGGUGUGAGAGAACAGCCCUCCCCAACGGUGGCUGCCAGUACCUGUGCCUGCCAGCCCCACAGAUCAACCCCCACUCCCCCAAAUUCACCUGCGCCUGCCCUGACGGCAUGCUGCUGGCCAAGGACAUGCAGAGUUGCCUCACAGAAGUCACACCUGUCCUGACCACCCAGGGGACAGCCACCAUCAGGCCUGUGGUCACUGCGACUGCCCCAGGGCAGCCAAAGCACGAGGAGGAUCAGUCGGCUCCCAGCACUUCCAGGCAGCCAGUGGACAUCCCUGAACUCACCACAGCAGAGUCGGUGACAAUGUCCCACCAAGUCCAGAGUGGCAGAGGGACCGAGGAGCGGCCGCAGGGUGUGGGGGCCUUGUCCAUCAUCCUCCCCAUCGCACUGAUCAUCCUCCUUGCCUUUGGGGCCAUCCUGCUGUGGAGGAACUGGCGGCUCAGGAACAUCAACAGCAUAAACUUUGACAACCCAGUGUACCAGAAGACUACGGAGGACGAACUCCACAUCUGCCGAAGCCAGGACGGCUACAGCUACCCCUCACGACAGAUGGUCAGCCUGGAGGAUGAUGUGGCGUGAACAGCUGCGAGAACCAUCUCUUUCCGGGAUCCGUUGCCACUCUCGGGCAGGAAGAACACUUUCUCCACACCCCUGUCCAGGACUGGUCCUGCCUCCUCUGUGUUGCUCAAAGCAAGAUAAGAGCAAAGCUGGCCCGAGGCCAAGCUCAGCAGCCUGCCUGCCCCAGGCUCUGUUUUAUAUAUUUAUUGUCUGGGGGCAGAAAAGGCUGCCGGCUGUGCUCAGGCAGGAAUUCCGGCUGGGAUUUCCCCCAUCCUUCUUUGCUUGGAGGGCAAAGAGCAAUCCCAGAAGCUUCUACGGUCUCUAACAGGAAGGAGAAAGGACCCGGGUGGAGAGAAGCCCUUUGUUCUGAACAUUCCACAGCAGGUGCUUGGGACAGGGUCCCAGGUACCACAGCCAAUCCCUAAACUCAGGACUCCAUGCAUUUACCUCCACCCUGCAAGCCUUAGCCACCUGCCGGUCAACCUCCUUGCUCUGCCGCCCCUUAAGGUCUGUCAAGCUGCUGUGGGCCCUGCAGCAGCCAGGAAAGUGACUUGUGGCACUGGGCACUGAUCUUGCCGGCUCUUGGGGCCAGCAGCGGCCAGUGACUGACUCCUGCUCAUGCCUUCUCUAAAACUCACCCGUUCUGGAGGAACAAGCUUGAGUUGCCGUCCCCCUUCAUAUUUAUGAAGUGCCUGAGGCAUCUGGUUGCCUUGCUCAGAAGCCAAGACCUGAGCUGUCUGAGCCUCCUGCUGCUGCUCAGCGUGGCCAUCAAGACCUCAGUCCCACGCCCGGCCCCCAGCUGUCCGCACGGGACCUGCACUUCAUUUUUCUCUUCGCACUUUUCCAGUUCAGGGUUGGGCACCCAUGUGUUCCGCAUCUGUACUCUUAGCUUGCACUGUUCAGGGUGUCGGGAUGGAGCUUUGGGCCAGAAGUGGCCCCAUAUCACUGACCCUAGAAGACAAUACCCAGGGAUCCAGGCAUCCAGAAGUCUGCUCUCUUCAGAGCUGGCAUGGAACUCAGAGCCUCUUUGGCUUUUUUAAUACUGUAAACCUCUGCCUGGUACCUCCUGACUCUGCAUGAACACCCAGAGCAGUCCAGCUGCUCUGCCCCUCUCACACUAACACACGUCCCAGCUCAGCUGGGUUCAGUGGUACACACUUGUCAUCCCAGCACUGGAGAACUGGAGGCAGGUGGAUUGCCGGGAAUUGGAGGCCAGCCUGGACUACACAAUAAGACAGUGCCUCAAAAGGAAAAAGGAAAGAAGGGGGGGGGGGACUUACAUGAUUUUUGAGCUCGUAGUCAGCCAGGCAUGGUGGCCUUUAAUCCCAGAACUCAAAGAGGCAGAGGUGGGCAUAUCUGAGUUCCAGGCCAGCCUGGGCUAUAUAGUGAGUUCCAGGCCAGCCAGGGCUACACAGUAAGACUACAUAUCUGAAAACCAAAAGAAAUCCCAUAAUCCUGGUUAUCUGGGGGAACUGGGAAGAAUACUUAGAAAUUGCCACAGAUUUGUCCCACGGGUAACUCAGAUGACAGUGGCCGCCUCCCUGGACUCUGCACAUACCCACCUGAAGGGCCCCACUGUCGGGACACGUGUAAAGGCGCCCUGUGCCGAUGGCACCUGGCUCUGUUGUCGCUGUAUAUUUGUUCACGGUUGUCACACAUAUGUAUGAAAUCUAUUUAUUUUUGCAAACCCUGAUUGCUGCGCUUGUUGGUGAUGCUCUGGGAUGCUCGCUGUACGAAGAUUGUUUGAAUGGACUGUUCUCAGGCCUGUGUGUUGACUUGAGAGAUAGGAACUGCUCUGAAACCACUGUUGGGGUGUUUUUAUAGUCUGAAAAUGUCUUACUGUGAUGGAUUAAAUUCCUUUUUGAAAACUU